ACCAUGGAGACCCAGAGAGACAACCUCCCCUGGGGACGCUGGUCACUGUUGCUACUGCUGCUGGGCCUGGCAGUGCCUCCAGCCACUGCCCAGGACCUCAGCUACAACCAGGGUGUGCUCGCUGCCGUGGACAGCUUCAACCAGCGGUCCUCGGAAGCUAAUCUCUACCGCCUCCUGGAGCUGGACCCGCAGAGGCCCGAUGCAGACGACAACCCCAGCACCCCGAAGCCGGUGAGCUUCACCGUGAAGGAGACCGUGUGCCCCAGGACGACGCAGCUGCCACCGGAGCAGUGUGAAUUCAAGGAGAACGGGCUGGUGAAACAGUGUGCGGGGACAGUCACCCUGGGCCAGACCAGUGGCCACUUUGACAUCAACUGUGCGGAGAUUCAGGGUGUCGGACUGGGUCGCUCGUUUCGGAGGUUCUUCAGGAUUCCCAGAGUUCGCAUUCGAGGGGGCUUUAGUGUUUCCAUCAACUAA